AUGAGAUUGAACACGUCUCGUGGGGCGCUUCGCAAGGAAGCCUUCGAGAAGUUGGCCCUUUUGUCUGCACAGGCUCCAUCUUCGCAUGCAGCCCAUCAAGAUAUACCACGUCUUUGUUCUCUAUACAAGAUUCCGGAGUCGUCGAGCGGAGCUGCCAAAGCUCCUAUUGGUAUCCGUGAACUUGAAGUCCUGAUAGCUUUGUGCCGUGCCUCGUCUUCCAUUGAGUCUCUGGAGCACGCCGAACGUCUGCUUCAACAAAUAACACCCUACUUGACAGAAGCCCAGACUCAGACUUUCCGCCCUUCGCCUUUUUUGCGUCAUGUUCACCCUUCGCCAUGGGAAAUGUUGGUGCACGAAGUCGCAUCAGCCAUGCUCAACAUCGGUCUCAAGCAUGAAUCAUUGCGACAGCAAGUCGUCACGACCAUCAUCGACACGAUCGAUAUGUACGUGCAACAAGGUCAAACAAUCGACGGGUUCAGCGCAUCAGAGGGCUCUACCUUGGAUUUUGACAAUGCUUCCAAGACUAUAACCUUCUGUGUAUCUCUGCUAGGUUUCCUUUCAGCACUUACCGAAAAGCCUCAGAUUUGUGAAGUACAGGAGCGGGCUUCUAUCAUCAAGAAGUUCCGGACUCUCUGUUCUGAAAAAUUCAUGGUAGCCAUUGAAGGAACCCUCUCAUCGGUUCGCAACUCUCACGGACCUCAUAUCAAAGAGUGGAAACGCUUGCUCAAGGUUUACGCUUCCAUGGGAAGACCACUGGGAGCAAUGCUGUUACAGCACGCAUUCACAACAUACUUGGCGGCCUCAGCCAUCGUCAUGGUCACGCCUCUCGACCUGCCGCAAGACGAUCAGGUCUUGGAUCACCUCCUUCAGCAGACCCCACAGAGUCUCUCUGGCCACGGCAGUGUUGUUGACGCAUCUUCUCUAGAGCAGCUCACAGAGUUGCUGUCCGAGAUUGUUGCUCUUCUCGAUGCUGAUGCCGAUUACUUGCAGGUCAGUUCGGCCUGGCAACAACAACUGGCCUUCUCGACCAAGGCUAGCUGUCUUACAAGCUUCCUGUGCUGCUCGCUAGUGAGUGAGGAUAUCGCCGACGCCGAUAUUCUCAUGGGCUGGCUGGACGGAGUCUUGACGGAUCCUAUUCAACUUGCAGAUCAAAGACUUGCGGGUGUGACUCUCAAGUGCAUGGCUAUUCUUGCGAAGACCUCAAAAGCAUUCGCUUCGAACCUGGCACGAUCACUGCCUAGGUUCAUUGUACAGGGAAGAAUGACCAGCGAAACAGUAAUCGUCGCAGCAAAUUGUCUUGCGGACGUUCUGCAGUUACUGCCUCAGGAUCUCGUCAUUAGUACACUUUACAGUCUCGGAAACGUGCUCAGUACUGGACCUUCCACCAAUCGCGCAAAUACUUCCUUGUUCAUUGAUGGCAACGGAACUACCAAUGGCACCAUGAACGGAUCGGUGACUUCGUACACUCAACAACCUACGGGAAGUUCCAUAUCUUUGAUUGGUAACGAUGACGAAGAGACAGUACUUGUCCAUGCUGCUGUGGUCGAGGCAAUCGUGGCUAUUGCAAGGAGAUACCAGGAUGAGAAGAUCACUGCACUGGCCAUUUCGAUGCUGGUACAGAAGAUUGGUCGUGUCAAUCAUGCCGUCGAUGCUAAGAUCAUCCUGGGAUCUGCAGCUCUUGGCUCUCAAAGUGAGCCAAACGAUUUACGCCCUUUGCUUAGAUUGUACGCAAAACUCGUGACGGAUGCGUUGGCAGCCAAUGACAUCUACAUGCUCGAUGGGAUUAUGGAAGCUCGCAUGCUCAUGGCAAAGAGCAUCUCUCCUACAUCGCCUUUAUACGAGAUUUACCUUACACACUUGCUAGAUGGCGUAGUCAGCACGAGUGACGUUACCGGUCGCGACACCAAGAAUCUGGUGAUCGAUAAAUUGGCCGUUGGUCAGAUCUCACAAGUAUUGCCCCCUUUGGCUUCCCUUGCCGCUUUCAUGCCUUACGAGUAUACGCAAUUUGAGGAUCCUGAAAUGGUCUCCGCACUAAGCCGAGAUGCUUGGUUUAACCUCAUCGCUCACGACUUUUCUCUCAACUCGGAGUUUGCCAAGAUACACCACCAGGAGCUUCAAACUCUAGCAUGGUACACACCAUCUUUGAUUGACAGCAACAAAGCGGACACACAAGAGAGCGGUAUCGACCUCAACACUGUCCUUCGUCGCGGCAUGACUCCUCAACAUGCGGUCCAGCUGAAGUCUCAAUUGAUCUCUGCUUUGCCCUCGCAUGAGACAGAUAUUAAGAGUCUAAACUAUGCCGAGCUCACCUUCCUGAACGCUGCCCAUUUAGUUGCAGUUCUACGUGCUCAGUCGGGAGAUUGCACAAGAACGCUGGAAUAUUUCUUGGACCCGAAGUUCAAGAGUGGUGCCUUGAGUAACUGUUUACUUGGGGUGGCAUUGAGCGCAGUGGAUACCUACCUGUCAAUUACCAUGACUGGACGUAGUCAAACUUUCGCUGCGGCCAAUCUGGCGCAACAGCUCGCAAGGCUGCUUGAAAGUUGUUGUCAUCGCAUUGACAAGGUACAGCAAGUUGCUACGCUCGCAGCAGACCGCAUCAUUGAUCAGGUUCCUUCGUCUCUUUGCCAAAGGACCUCUCUUUUCGCUCUCUUGGAACUACUCAGUCUCAUGUGGAUCAGCUGUCUUGAGGCAGAGACUGAUGAGUACGAAUGCAAGUCAUUUUACAGCUCCACGAAGGGCAACGUAUCACUACAGCUUUCCGACAACCACAUCUACCGACAGACCACCUUGCGAGCGUUCCAACAGAAGUGCCGUAGAUGGGUGCUGAAGACGCUUGAUCGUGCUCCCUUGGAUAUGAAGGGUCUCCUCCAGACAUACCUUUCUGACUACGACGAUGAGGAAUCGUAUGGUCGUAUCUCCAUGGGUCGAUCCUUCGCUCUUGAGCUUGGUUCACUCAUCCCAGGAACCGACCAAAGACUUGGCGCCAUCGACCGUAGAAUGGAUCCUGGUGUCAACACUGCUUCUGACUUUGUCGCUCAGUACACGACUCGUCAAGAGUAUCGCUAUCUGGAUACACUGUCCAGACAAGAUGAAGAGCUUCUACACUCGCAGCAGACUGGGGUCAUAGGACUGCCCCGUUCUGCUUUGAGCGAGCAAGCUCGUGAGACGACUACUACAUUGAGGGAAAUGAAUAACACCCUGCGUGACCAUCACCCUGUAUCAAUCGAGACCCAAAGGCCUAGUCUUCGACGUGCUGCAGCAGUGCUCUGCAAGGUCGAUGCUGAUCGAUUCGGGCUCGCUCAGCAGCUGGUUGGUAUACCUUUCACGACUUUCAACAAAUCAGCCAUCAAGCUGGGAGUCUCACUAUGGAUGGGAGUCAUCAAAGAAAAUCCACAGAUGGAGUCUAGGAUUCUUGUCGAGAUUGCCGAAGGCUGGGAAACAACCAUCCAGAAGAAGCGUGGUAUCUUCACUCACACAUUCCAUCACCUUGAUCCGUUUUUUGUCAAGGAAGAGUUUGCUCCUACUGACAAGAGCGCCAUCACCAAACGUCAGCAACAAGUUCAUGACCUGAUUGCGCCACAUUUCACACUUGUUCAGUUCUUGUCAAGUCACUUCAACGCGACUAGGUUGAGUAACCCGCAUACUGGUCGCAUCUUCCACCGUCUGAUGCGUGUCACUCUUGCUGCACUGAGACGCAGCGGUAGUCAUCCUCUUGCUCGUGAGGUUCACUUCCAUGUCAUAUUGUUAGCUCUUCGUGUCAUCAGUUAUGGCACUGGUUACGAUGAAAAGUCCCGAUGGGAGCUCAAGGAUCAGAUCCUGUCCGCUGCUCUUAGGUGGUUCAACUUCCCGGCUCGCUGGUCGUUUGGAGGCAACAAAUUGCAAGUCAAGGCUGAAGUACAGGUCAUGUCGGAUGUGAUUCUGGCACUUCAAGCGGUUUCCUCUAUGGGUGCCAGAAUCUCAUUUCCAAUGCAGCCACUGCAAGCCAAGCAAGACCUGCUCCUUCAUCUGCUUCAAAACGAGAUAACUCGACUGAAUGUCUGGCUAUCUCCUUUGGGUCAGGACACUCCUCACACUAUCUACGGCCAACAGGGCAAAGCCAAUGAUGCUGCCAUUGCUGCUCUGGUCACAACAGCAUGGGCCGAAGCACCAUCUCUUGCUGUACAGAUGGCUUCCAGGUUCCCAUCGCCAUUGAUUACCAGUCAAGUUCGAUCACUGUUGGUCAGCUACCCCGAGAAAGCACUGCAUGAGCCUGACGCUUUGCAAAUCAUGCUUGGAACCGGUAUGCCGCAUGAUGUCUCGUCUCAGUUGAAGUACCUGUUGUAUUGGGCGCCGGUCAAUCCCAUCACGGCUGUGACCUACUUCCUACCAGCAUAUGGGAAUCAUCCCUUCAUCGUACAGUAUGCUAUGCGUGCUCUCGAGAGCCACUCUGUCGAUGUCACGUUCUUUUACGUACCUCAGAUCGUGCAGACACUCCGCUACGAUCUGCUAGGUUAUGUUGAACGUUACAUUGUCGAGACUGCCAAGUUCUCCGGACUCUUUGCCCAUCAGAUCAUUUGGAACAUCAAGGCCAAUGCUUACAAGGACGAAGACUCACAAAUUCCUGAUGACGUUAAACCGACUCUUGACAAAGUCAUGGAGUCACUCAUCUCUAGCUUCUCAGAUGAAGAUCGUGAUUUCUACGAGCGCGAGUUUGGAUUCUUCAGUGAAGUGACGAACAUCUCUGGAAAGCUCAAGCCAUUCAUCAAGCGACCCAAGCCGGAAAAGAAGGCGAAGAUCGAAGAAGAAUUGCGCAAGAUCCAAGUUGAUGUUGGUGUUUAUCUCCCAAGUAAUCCCGAUGGUGUUGUGGUUGGCAUUGACCGCAAAUCUGGAAAGCCACUGCAAAGUCACGCCAAGGCACCAUACAUGGCGACGUUCCGCAUUCGCAAGGAGAGGAGUCCGGAUCUCGAUGCUGUCGAUGAUGGUCUCGAUCAUGUAGCUGAAGAAGGCGAAUCUCGCAAGGAGACCAGCUACGAAGUCUGGCAAUCAGCCAUUUUUAAGGUCGGUGAUGACUGUCGUCAAGAUGUGCUAGCACUGCAAAUGAUUGCGGCUUUCCGAGGCAUCUUCAACAACGUCGGCCUGGACGUUUACGUCUUCCCGUAUCGUGUGACCGCCACGGCUCCUGGAUGUGGUGUCAUCGAUGUGCUUCCAAACUCCAUCUCUCGCGAUAUGGUUGGUCGUGAAGCGGUCAAUGGUCUCUACGAGUAUUGGGUGUCGAAGUACGGAACAGAAGACUCGCUUCGAUUCCAACAGGCACGCAGCAAUUUCGUCAAGAGUAUGGCUGCUUACUCGGUCAUCUCCUACCUGCUCCAAUUCAAGGAUCGACACAACGGUAACAUUAUGGUAGAUGAUGCCGGCCACAUCCUGCACAUCGACUUCGGCUUUAUCUUUGACAUCGCGCCCGGUGGUGUAAAGUUCGAGCGAGCACCAUUCAAGCUCACCGGAGAGAUGAUUGCUGUGAUGGGGGGUUCCACACAGUCACAACCUUUCAGAUGGUUUGAGGAGCUCUGCGUCAAGGCUUUCCUGGCCGCAAGACAACACGCAGAGAAGUUGAGCCACUUGGUUAUUGUCAUGCUGGACUCUGGCUUGCCUUGCUUCAAGCCAGAAACCAUUCAGCAUUUCAGAGAGAGAUUCGUGCUUGAUAAGAGUGAGCGUGAGGCUGCGGACUUUAUGCGUUCGCUGGUUCGCUGGAGUGGAAAGAGUCAUAGUACUGGUGUUUAUGAUCAGUUCCAGCUUCUUACUAAUGGUAUUCCUUACUAG